UGAUGAUGUUCCUACUUUGCUGUCUCAAAUUACCUCCUUGGAUGAUGAUGAUGAUGACGUUAUUCCGCCAAGUCAAGCCUCCAUCCAGAAGGAGCUGACUUUGUCUCAGAGACCUCAAGGUGUUGCUGCCUACAGAAGUGCAAGGCCAUUAUUCAAACCUCCAUUUAGAGCUGCCACCAAUCCCAGUAUAGCAGGGCGCAAUCAGCCUUCCACUCAUCCAGAGUAUGUCCCAGGAGAAAGACUCACAGAUGAGACAAGACAGUUCCCACAGUCUGAGCAUAUCUUUCAACAAAGGGGUAUGCCCCAGGGUAGACAGCCUUCUCUCUCUAAUACAACACCUGUGAGAUAUGGUCCUUUGCAACAUGAUCGUAUCCUAUCUGAGUCAGAAGCGGAAUCAAAUACACAGCCCUCGAGGAAUCGUCUCACCAGGCAACUCUAUGGCAGCACACCCAGGCCUCUCACUAUUCCAAGUGUUACUCCAGGAGGGACAACAACAGGUGAAACACGACAACUGAGAUCAGUCCAUGAGAUUCCUGAACAGUUCAGGCCUGUCUUCAAGGAGUUUCCCUACUUCAACAUUGUGCAGUCUAAAGUCUUGGAUGAUGUGUUGUAUACAGACAAGCCUCUUGUUGUGUGUGCACCAACUGGAUCGGGCAAGACUGUAAUCUUUGAGUUGGCCAUCAUCAGGCUACUUGUCAGGCUGGGCAACACUCCUAUAUACAAUGCCAAGAUUGUCUACAUGGCUCCCAUGAAGGCCCUGUGCAGUGAGCGGUACCUAGACUGGAUGGAGAAGUUUGGUCCUCUGGGGCUGAAGUGCCAGGAACUGACCGGUGACUCUGAGAUUGAUGACUACUACCAGCUGAGAGACUGUCACAUAGUCCUGACAACACCUGAAAAGUGGGACAGUAUGACAAGGAAGUGGAGAGACAACAAGUCUCUGGUGCAGCUGGUUCGGCUGUUUCUCAUUGAUGAGGUUCAUCUGAUCAGUGAUGAGAACAGAGGUGCCACUAUGGAGGCUGUGGUCAGCAGAAUGAAGACCAUCCAGGCAGUGGUGGGGAGGGAAAACGUCACCAACUCUCAGUACGAGUCAGCAAGGGCCCAGUCUGCAGCCGGCAUCAGAUUUGUGGCUGUGUCGGCUACCAUUCCUAAUGUGGAGGAUGUUGCAGCAUGGCUUGGGAAAGAAGGUUCCACUGCAAUCUACCACAAAAUGGAUGAAAGCUACCGUCCUGUGAAACUGAGGAAGGUUAUUUUGGGCUACCCCUGCUCCUCAGGCAGCUCUGAGUUUAGGUUUGAUCUGUCUCUCAACUACAAGAUCCCAGGUGUGAUCCAGACCUACUCUGAUCAGAAGCCUACCCUGGUGUUCUGUGCUACGAGGAAAGGCUCAGUACAGUGUGCAUCUAUGUUGGUGAAAGAUGCCAAGUUUGUGAUGAAUGCUGCACACAAACAAAGGCUACAAAAAGUUGCAAACAUGCUCAGGGACCACAAGUUGAGAGAUCUUGUCCUAUUUGGGGUGGCAUACCACCAUGCAGGGCUUGAACCCACAGACAGAAAGGGCAUUGAGACAGCCUUUACUCAGGGGGACAUACCUGUGCUGAUAUCAACCAGUACCCUGGCCAUGGGAGUGAACCUGCCGGCACACCUGGUCAUCAUCAAGUCCACCCUCCACUACACCUGUGGAAUGUACGAGGAGUACUCGGAGCUCCAGGUGCUGCAGAUGAUUGGCAGGGCAGGCAGGCCGCAGUUUGACCAAAGUGCGACAGCUGUUAUCAUGACAAGGAAUCAAACAAAGGCCAAGUAUGAAGCUUUGGUGAAUGGAACACAAAUAAUUGAGAGCAGCUUGCACAAGAACUUGAUUGAACACCUGAAUGCGGAGAUCGUGCUGCACACCAUCAACGAUGUCACAGUGGCCUUGGAGUGGAUCCGCUCUACCUUCCUGUACAUCCGUGUGCAGAAGAACCCAAGGCACUAUAAUAUCCCUACUGGCCUGAGUAGAGAGGAGAUGGAGAGUAGACUACAAGAUAUGUGCCUCAAGGAUCUAAACCUUUUGUCCCGGAUUGACCUGGUCAAAAUGGAUGAGGAGGGAUUCGACCUCAAGCCCACAGAGGUUGGAAGGCUGAUGGCCAGAUACUGCAUCACGUAUGACACCAUGAACAAAUUCAGCAGUCUAGAAGGCACGGAAAGUCUUGGUGACCUGGUCAAUACUGUUGCCGGCUGUAAAGAGUUCCAGGAUGUGACACUCCGGAUCAAUGAGCGGAAAACCCUCAACACACUGAACAAGGACAAACACAGGGCCACUGUCAGGUUUGCGAUGGAUGGAAAGAUAAAGACUGGACAGAUGAAAGUCAAUUGCCUCAUCCAAGCAGCUCUUGGAUGCCUUCCAAUCCAGGACUUUGGUCUCAACCAAGACACUAACAAGAUCUUCAGGGCAGGAACUAGGGUCUCCAAAUGUUUAACAGAGUUCUUGAUGCACAGACCAGGCUUCAGGGUGCUUCUCAAUGCCACCCUCCUGUCAAAGUGCUUCAGGUCCAGGCUGUGGGAGAACUCCAAGUUUGUCGCAAAGCAACUGGACAAGAUUGGCCUUACCCUUGCAACUGCUCUGUUCAAUGCCAGCCUGACAAGCUUCCAGAAGAUUGAGGAAACGAACCCAAGGGAAAUAGAACUGAUCGUGAACAGGCACCCGCCAUUUGGUAAUCAAGUUCACGAGGCAGUGUCGCAUCUUCCCAAGUAUGAGUUGGCUAUAGAGCAGGGUGCCAGAUACAGCCCUGCAGUGGCAGAGCUGACAAUCGUGAUCUCUCUCAACAACUACCAAAGUCUGAAGGACAAGGCAACUGCAGGGAAGAACCACAUGUGCGUGCUGCUGAUAGGGGAUGCUGACAACAACGUCCUAUGCAAACAAAGACUAAGUGACUCUACUCUGAUGAACAGUGGGACUUGGACAAAGAAAGUGGAGGUGAAGAGGGCUAACAAGGGAGACGAUCUGAGCAUUAACUUCAUAAGUCAAGACUAUGUGGGCCUGGAUGUACAGAGUACCUACACUCCCUUCUACAGUGGUCCGAGGAGGCACCGUGCCACCGGCAAAAACUGGGACAACACUCCUAGGCAAAAGAAAAGGGCAGAGGAGGAAAUGGACUGGGAGGAUAUGGGGACUGAUAUCGACUGGUCGUCGGAGGUGAAUGAGAAUGACAGCGUUGCAGUGACACCUCGACCAUUAUUAGGGCCUGACAGAAAGCCCUGUAACCAUCGCUGUAUCAACAAGGAUGCCUGCGCUCACGAGUGCUGCAAGUUUGGCGUCAAGAUUUUCUCCAAGACAGCACGGCAAAGGAGCAAUUGUGACACCAACAUGUCCUCCUAUCUGCAUCAACUCCACAACAGGGCUCAAGCUCUACCUCAGACUCCUGGCAUGAAGAGACUCAAGGCAAGUCCAUCCCUCAGCACGCCCACUCCUGAUCUGCAGCAGUUUUCCUACAGUCCGGUAGCGAGGAGGCGGUUACAGCUGGAUAAGACCGCUUCGCAAGUCCCCGCCACACCAGCGCGGGGGUGGGACCAUCUUGAUUUCUAUCACAUGCAUCGGGAACAAGACAGCAAGAUAGUGCCAGAGCAGGCAGCGGAGGAAUAUGAAGCGUUCCUGAAUGAUGACACCCUGCCAGACUUGAGUACGGUGUGGACAGGUGACUUAGACUGUGAUGUAUCACCCGAGGAACAACAAGAUUGCUUUCCAUGGAUGGCAGAUGGCCAAAGAUCUGGUACAGAUUUCUCGACUUCUGAGGUUCAUCAGCCUACCGAUACUGACACGUAUCAGCCACUGCAAAGUGAGGGAACGUUCCCAUUGCAGUGGCAAGAUCAGAAUGCAAAGAAGAAGCCGAGCACAUUCAGCUUUAAGCAGAAGUUAUCAUCCUCUCAAAGGAACCCAGCGAUUCAGAACCAGGUGUUGAGGAGUAGCGCCAGAAGGCAGCCCUUUGUUGGUCCGAGUGUGCGCGAAAGAGUACCUCCGAGGUGCAAUGAGACGCAAUCAGAGAUGGAAGCUACUGAUGAUGACCCCUGGGAGGAUGGAGAAGAUGAUCUUUUUGAAAACGCUGAAGCAGCAUUACCUCAAUAUGUGGAUACACAACCUCAAGAGGAGUUGCCAAACAGUAAAGAUCGUCAUCAAUCAAUGCAUGGCCAAAUGCAGGCAAGGACGCCAGAAACUGGAUCCGUUAGGAGACAGGGCAAGGUGUUUGCCUGGAAGACUCCAUCUGCCUCUAACAUUGCUACCAAGACAUUUACAUACCCAAAGCCAACCGUAAAGGCCCCUGCAUAUCCAGUUCCCUAUCCUCAGUCUGCACAGAGAAAGCAAUCCGAACAUAACACAGGGAGAACUGCCACUCAAAGCCCCACGGUAGGGAGAUACCGAGCUUCCGUGCCCCCUCCUUUUACCCCAGGGGCUGAGGACUUCUGUUCUGCAAGGGAGAUCCACGAGUCUCGGAUGUCACAAACCACAAGGGAGAAGAAUGAUGGCUAUGGAGGAACAUGGGCAAAGGGUCUGUUUGAUGUCAAAGAGGUCGACAGCAAUAAAUUCAGCACCUCAGACAGGGACUUCACUUCUGGUCGGCAACUUCAGGAGGAACGUCCUCCAUUGAAGGACCACCCUUCUCUGGGAGAAACACCAAAGAAUGGAAAGAGUAAUUCUGACGAUCAAGUGAAGAGUCCUCCAGAGGCUUUCACUUUGGACAGUUUUCUGACAACCAGUGAGGAGCCACGUUCCAUCCUGAAGAAUCCAGGACCUGCGUCACUCAAGAGCGAAUCUCCUGAUUUGGUUGCUUUCAACAAAUCUCUUCCAUCUUUCUUCACAAAUGAAGACACCAGGCUGGAGGAUGCUGCAGCCGAGGCUCAAGACACUUUCAACAGCAUCUUUGCCGGUAUAUUCUGAGGUACAGAAAGCAGUGGACUUAGUAGUUACCAUCCUGUCACAGAGUGGAGAAGAGCAAUCAUCUGUAUCAUUUUAACAACAAACACAGGUGAACUUUCACGCAUAUCAAUCAUCUACUUAGUUAUAUAUCACAUCAUAAUUGUGAGGGGCACACAAUCAUAAUUGAAUACCAAGGUAGCCUAGACUCUAUUACAGAAUAGAGCAGCGUGGAUGUUUAUGAAAAGGCAUGAAGAGUUUGACAUGUGAGGGACCUUAUGUACUUGAGGAAUUGAAAGUCUUGUUGCAGAAAAAUUAGAAUUAAAAACAAAAAUUAGAAUUAAAAGUUUCAGAGGGGGUAUGGAAGUCUCCACUCUGUUUGGCUAACCUUAAGAAAUAUCUAGCCCUUGAGAGACCUUCAUUUUUCUUACCUCAAGGAUGGAACUGACAUCAUUAAUUGCAUUUCACUUAGAUUUACAGUGUAAGCAAUGUGCUAGUUUACGAUAACAAUUCAUCAAUUAUUGUUGACAUUUGUGCUAGAUUUCCCAAGACGAGACAACAUACCAUGGCAUUUUCCGCUUGUAGCACCGUUGAUGUUAUCACCGAAAAUAUUUCAUGAUUAGAGUAUUAUUUUCCGGAAGAGCAAUCAAGAUUAAUCGCAGGGCGUUUCUCUCUUAAGUUAAAGAAGAUUACUAUUUCUCACAUAGCUUGUAAGGACACGUGGAGUAAAUCUUGCUGUUACAAGGUUUAAAAUUGCUUCAGAACAUUAUUGCAAAUUGUCAAACGAAAUUGGGGGUGUUUGAAUUCACAGACUUUGAUGCAAAAUGAGGACAACACAAUAUUUCAUUACAGGUAGGUCACUUGCAUAAUACAAAGAACUAAGGAAAAUAUUUCUGGAGGGUUCUUGAGUUAUUUUGUUCACAAUAACAUGUUAAGUACCUGAACGAUAUUGCAGGCAUAUUUAGAAACACUGAAAAGCGUAUGAUUACAAUAAGACUUGGUCACUUAGAGAUGAAUGUAAAGAACUAGCAAUCACAAACGUUACUUAGGGUAUGUGUAUAGGUAUUGAAUUUUGUUCAAAACAAGUCAAUAAAGUACUCGACAUGUAUUAACAUGUCAUGUAUCUGUCAAAAAUACUGACUGUAUUAUGCCAGGACUAGGGCAUUUACAGAAGAAUGUGAAGAACUAGCAGUAACAAAUUUUGCUUGAAGGAUGUUGACUAGUUUUGGGCAUGAACGUUUGUUAACAGGAACGUUUAAUGCACCUGAAAGAUAUUUCUUUCAAAUAAUACUGACAAGUGACAACUAUCUUUAUCGAACGUUACAUGCAAAGGAAUGUGGAGAAAUAGUAGUCACAAUUCUUACUUAAGAGAUGUUGGUUAGCUUUCGAAUUGAAUUUUGUUCUCUAUAAGAUGUAAUGUACCUUACAGAUAUCAAAAAUAUCUUUAGAAAUACUGACAAGUGUAUAUAUCAAACUAAACCUGACUAACUAUACCUGUACGUGCCUACAUACCUGCUUCUCUGGUUGUAUUCGAUGAUGUUAUUAGUUGUCUCCAUGUUAUUGCAUGCUUUCUUGAUAAGGUUGUCAUCCUGGAGACUCUGUUACAUCAUACACAAUAUUGCAUUAUUAGGCACAAAGCCAAUUUGUCAAUUCUUUGCCCUUCAGUUGACCGUGACACAACGUUGUGUCAUAUCAAGAUGUAAUAAAUACAUAAGGUUCGUGUUCAUUAACACCACUAAGACUAUAUUAUAGAAAGUGUUAAGACAAAUAGACAAGGGUUACGUUUUUCGUUUGAAGUAAAAAUGUUAGUUGUAGCAUGAUUUAUUCACACACCUUGUAUAAGAAGAUUGACAGUGCACAUGCUUCAAUUAUGUUGUCGUGUGCAAUAUGUUAGAAGUUUACUGUACUAGCAAAUAUAAUUUUGAAUAGGUUUUUAGACUUUAACAAUGUAUUUAUUCUCUGUAUUUAUUCUCAGAUAAUGCAUGUCUAACUUGACUACAUGUACAGUACCGGGCAAGUAUUCGUUUUUAAUAGGUUUAAGAUAGGACUAUCAAAAAAUCUUUUUCUUUUCUUUUUAAGUAUCAUGCCAUAAGCGUUUGAGCAUACAUUAAGUAUGUGAUGUACGGUUAUAUCAUAUAUGAUCAACUUGACCUUUUAAGCUUACCGUUAUCUAGUGAUAUAUUGCAGUCGGUUCACAUACUUGACUUGUGUGAUGAUAAACCAGAUUGUAAAUUUUCACAUUGCAAAGGUUGCAGAUUGUGUUACAAACUUACGUAGUGCUUUCACGAUGUCAGUAGUUGUACGUGCAAAUUUUUAUUGAACACUGACAUUUACACAGCUCGUUAAAAUAAUCACAACCAUAAAGUGUAUUCCUCUGUAAUAGUUGGCUUCAAAUGCCUCAUUGAGUAAAGAUAUCUCGUACUAUUGAAAGUGUGAUUC